AGAAAGGACUCGCCCUAUCAACACAUUGGCGAUGGUGAUUCUCAAAAUGGCGAAACAUUGACAUAUUCAAUCCCAUACCUUCCAGAGGACACUGGUAGCUGCGUAUUAUUUAUUAACAGAGAAAGCAUAUCUUUUAGUGCUUCAGUUGGUCAUGGUCCUAUAUCCCUAGUGACUUACUCCCUCCAAUUAUGAAGUUCUGACAGCAGAUCUGUACUGUGUGCAUGCAUUGGCGUGUUGUCCCAACGCCAUGCGGUGAUGACUGGAGAGAGUGGUAGCUUUGCUUUGUUCUAACUUCUUUGUGCAAAGGCUGAACAUCUGGCAUCGUAUACAUUCCCUAAUGCCAAUGCGUGAUGCUGCUCGUGCUGCUUGCCUUUCUCGCACCUUUCUACAUUUCUGGACAUACUAUCCCAACCUCACCUUGGACUGGAAAACGCUUUGCUCCAAGGGACAUGGAGGAAAUUUGAGCUGCAAAAUUGACAGCAUAAUUAGGAACCACUCCGGAAUUGGCUUGAAGAUAUUGAAGCUUAAUUUAAGUGAUGAUGACUGUACCUUUCCUCAUAUCAACAGUUGGCUCCAGUUUGCUGUUACACCAGGGAUUGAGGAGCUCACCCUUAAGCUAUAUAAAAAGUACAACUUCCCAUGCUCACUUUUAUCUGAUGGAGUUAGAAACUCAAUUCAGUAUCUUCAACUUGGCUCUUGUACCUUCCGUCCCAUGGCUGAACUUGGCCCCUUGAGAACCCUAAGAAGUUUGCAUCUGUGUUCUGUGCGUACUACUGGGGAUGAAUUAGGGUGCUUUAUUUCCAACUCCCCUGCUUUGGAGCAGUUGACACUUUAUGAUUGCAAGGAGAUAAAUUUCCUAAAGAUACCUUGCAUGCUGCAGCGGCUCACCUGCCUGACUGUUGUUGGAUGCUGGAGGCUUGAAGUGAUAGACAUCAAAGCUUCAAAUCUCUCCAGUAUUGACGUUAGUGGAGAAAAUAUUAAACUCUCACUCAGAGAAGCAUUGUGCAUGAAAGACUUGCGCAUGCGCUGUCCCAAAGUCGUCUGUUAUGCGCUUGCCGAGCUGCCGUCCAUUAUGCCAAAUCUUGAGACUCUUAGUUUAGGUUCAGAUGAUGAGGUGGUUAAUACACCGAUGCUGCCUACCAAAUUCAUCCACCUCAAGCACCUGAGUAUUCAAAUUACAGGAGAGACAUUUUCGCCAUCCUAUGAUUAUUUUUAUCUGGUUUCUUUCUUGGAUGCAUCUCCUUCCUUGGAGACUUUGUUCUUGGAUGUAUCUCAGGAAUAUUUGGAGCAUGAAUCAGUUUUUGGAGGUCCCUCACAUUUGAGGCAGAUGCCUGAGAAUCACCAUGUCUGCCUGAAGCGUGUGGAGAUCAUAGGGUUCAACUCUGCAAAGAGCUUGGUUGAGCUAACAUGCUGCAUUGUCAAGAACGCAGUCUCACUUGAGUUCCUUAUGUUGGACACCAUUCGUGGUAGUCACAUGCGUUGUGGAGAAAAUAGUAAUAAAAAGUGUUGGCCCAUUAGUAAGUCUGUUCUCAAGGAAGCCUCUAGAACGGUCGUGGCUAUAAGAAGGUUCAUUGAGGAUGAAGUCCCGCCUACAGCUAAGCUUAGUGUUCUGGAGCCUUGCACACGGUGUCAUUCGAGUGGAUGAUGGUUGCUGUCAUAAGCUUGCAGCCGGUGAAAUGCUGAUGGAGGGUGGUGGAUGUCAUAUAAGUUAUCUUAAUUGCACCAUGUAUAUAUGAUCAUAAAUUUGAUACCAUGCUUUGUUUCUUAGAUUAUCGGAUAAGUUAUUUUGAAGGCGUAGUGUGUUGUGACUUUAAUCUAAUUAUAGAUAAACCAUUUUUUCUUUGAUGGAUUA